UCAACACACAUCUUCUGAAGAACAUCAAACUAGGGUGGGAGGGAAAUCGAACAUUUUGAUGGAGAAGGGGGAGUCAAAGGCCGCUCAGGGUCAUUCGUUCGUGUCGACACCACUCCAGUCGAAGAAGAGGCCCCUAGCAGUAAGCGAAGGGGGUUUGGACAUCGACUUCAACGCUACUGCGGCAACUCCAUCAACGGCUGCUACUACGAGGGGAGACUCAGCACUUCGGGGGAAUCCUUGUUCUAUAAGGUUAUUCCGAGAGGAUUCCAGUGCUGGUAGCAUCUCCGCGCAAACGCCUGUUGGAAACACCAUCAAGCGACUCCCGCCCCUGAAUGCAGUUCGGUCUCCACUACCGAAACUGCAGGCCUCGGCGACAACUCCAACCGGGGAACAUGCGGUAUAUGUUGGGGCGUCUCGAUUGGGUCAUCAACAGCGAGAAGAAGAAGAAGAAGAGGAGGAGGAAGCUCCUGUUACCCCGCAGCGCAAGCCCGGUUCAAGCCUACGUUCGAGGAGCCCCUCACCCCCCAAGAUAGAUAAGUAUCGCAGUCGUUGCCGUCCGAUGCCCUGUGAUGGCAUCCCGCCGCGAAGGCUGGCUACUGAGUUUGAGCUCAUGCUGGAUGCCGGAGAGGAGGCGCCGUCGUCGUCUUCGACUGUGGUGAUGCCGGCACCUUCUAACUUCCCAUCACUCAUGGAGCUUCCCCGACUGACCUUCCUGUAUUCUGAUGAAGAGGAGUCUGACGAGGACCUCAUCAGCCCAGGCAGCCGUUUGCCGAGGAUGCCGCGGAUCAAUAGUGAAUUAAGAACAAAUGUGCCUGCUGGCCAACCAUCGACUGGCCGUUCUACCGUGGUGCCCGAUGAGCUUGUGGGGGAGGGGGAUAACACGCCGUCGUCGACUGAUGGAGGCCAUUGCAUGUCGCUGAAGGAAUCAUUGGUUGCCGAUUUGGAGGCACUAUUCCUCGAGAUGGAUCAAUAUCAAAUUCCCUUGAGAGUCGCUUCUCACAACCUCUACAGUCGAUCGGCACAAUAUGCGGAAAUAGAGGAUAUGAACACAACACUGCAAGAGAUUGUAGAGUCACAUCCACAGCAGUUCUAUCUCAAAGGGACUACCAUUCACUUCGUCGUGCAACAAGGCUCUGACGGUGUCGACGGAUAG